GAUCGGCGAGUUCAACCGUUCAACUCCAGCCGAGGUGUACAUUGGAAGUCGGAAGUUGUUUGGAUAGUUAAGUGAAACUUGACAAAAUGGCAGAAGACAACAGUUACGAGUCAAUGCUCUGUGUGAAACCCGAAGUCCAUGUUUACAAGAUCCCACCGCGAGCGUCUAACCGUGGAUAUCGAGCUGCUGACUGGAAGCUGGAUGAGCCUGCUUGGAGUGGUAGGAUGAAAAUCACUGCUAAAGGCAAAAUGGCCUUCAUUAAGUUAGAGGACAGAAACACAGGAGAGUUGUUUGCCCAAGCUCCAGUCGAUCAGUAUCCAGGCAUCAUUGUUGAAGCUGUCACAGACUCAAGCCGAUAUUUUGUGAUCCGGAUUGAAGACGGCAACGGACGCCACGCUUUUAUCGGCCUGGGUUUCGCUGAUCGUGGAGACUCAUUCGACUUCAAUGUAGCUUUACAAGACCAUUUUAAGUGGGUGAAGCAGGAAGGGGAGCUCGCUAAAAUGGAAGCUUGUCAGAUUGAAGCACCCAAGCUGGACCUCAGCUUCAAAGAGGGACAGACCAUCAAGAUCAGCAUUGGGAAUAUCAAGAAGAAGGAAGCAGGAGGUGCAAAACCACGGCCCAUGGGUGGGGGUUUGCUUCCACCGCCACCAGGUGCAAAGGCUGGAGGGGUCCUCCCACCUCCUGUUGGACAACAAACAGUUCCAGCUGCACAGGCUAAUCCUGUCCCUCUUUUAGACUUUGGCUCCACUGUUCCUGCAGCCCAGCCUAGCUCUGACCUAUGGGGGGAUUUCACAUCUGCUGGUUCUAACUCCAGUAAAGACGCAGCAACAUCAGGAUGGGUGCAGUUUAGUUGAGUUAUGAGAACGCGUGCACACACUCAGGUUGCAUACAUUCCACGGACAGGUCAAUGAUGGGGGAAAGAAACUAAGAGAGAGAGAGAGAGGAACUGUUAGCAAACUUGACUGGCUCAUUCGCUGCACCUGUUCUAUAAAGACACUGUUCAUAUUGAAGCGUAGCCCGCUGACCAACAGACUCUGGAGGAUCAAACAGUAAAAUGUUCAUAUUUUCUACAAUCAUAUUCUAUCUCUACACUAUGCUAUGCAACCAGUACUGUGUUCCUCGUCUUUACGUCAUACUCUCAGUUAUGCCUUCACACCACCAACACUCAUCUCAAUGUUGUUUUUACCAUUUGGGAGAAUUAAAGGUUUACCUAUUGAAGUAUCCAUGUUUUAUGUAGCUGUGUACCACAGUAUGUGUGUUGUUUUUCUGAAUUUUAGUCAAUCUUUUAGGAUAUCUUUUGAAUUUAAUUUGAGAUCUGAUUGGUGGUGUGUUAAACUCCUUUAUGCCUUCAUCACAUAAUACCCUGCCUUUUGUUUUUAAAUACUGAGGAAAAGUCCUAAUUGCCAUUUUGCCCAUGGUUCACAGUUUGGUUUUGCCCAUUUGUCUGUCUGUGUUUUGCUCUUCAUUUGUCUUUGCUUCGUGUGUUGUUGCUUUUUAUAUGUGCCUUUUACCAAAUUUAAAUUUCCUUAAUUUUUGAUGCUAGUACAAAUUGAGUAUUUUGAUCAAGUGCCUUCCUGGAAAAAUGAUCUAAAAUGUAAAAUUGUAUGUUUUCUUGUAAAUAAAACAAUAUAUUUCA